UCCCUACAUCGCAGGUAGUGGGCGUUCGUGGGCGCCUGGAUGUCCAUUUCCAUUCUCCCCUUCUUCUGAACGCGCACGGCGAGUCGGCGAGAAGCAACAGACAGCAGCGAAGCGGAAUCCCAUUGAGCGCCGCGUGCGAUUGGCAUGGUCGCUGUGGCCGGCGGUGCGAGCGGCGGCGGCGGCGGAGGAGGAGGGCGACGAUGCAGCCGCGCGGUGGCGGUGACCGGGCGGCCGUGAGGAAGGGGCCGUGGACGGCGGAGGAGGACGAGGUGCUGCACCAGCACGUCCGCGAGCACGGCCCCCGCGAGUGGAGCUCCAUUCGAUCCAAAGGCCUCCUCCCCCGCACCGGCAAGUCCUGCCGCCUCCGCUGGGUCAACAAGCUCCGCCCCGACCUCAAGACGGGGUGCAAGUUCUCGUCGGAGGAGGAGCGGGUGGUGAUCGACCUGCAGGCGCAGUUCGGGAACAAGUGGGCGAGGAUCGCGACGUACCUGCCCGGCAGGACGGACAACGACGUCAAAAACUUCUGGAGCACGCGGCAGAAGCGCCUCGCCAGGAUCCUCCGGGCGCCGCUGCCCCGCAGGAGGUCAGCCUCAGCCGCCACCGCCAAGCACAGCGGCAACGGCGGCGGCGGCGUAGGCGCUGCUUCGUCUUCUGCGGCGUCGAACUCUCAUGAGGCGGCAGCGGCACGCGCUUCCGAGGAUCAGUACCCCUGCUUCGGCUUGAUCCCCUUCCAACAGACGACGAUGCACCAGCACCACGUCGGCGAGAGCAGCCAAGAACCACCACUCGCGGCUAACCAGUAUGCAGGCGCGCCGUUCCCCGGAGCCGAAUCCGUCCUGCCGUUUCCCCUCGGGUUCGCCGCCAUGGACGUCGCGGCCGCGGGAUGCAGCAGCUCGUACGGCGCCGCUUCGGAAGUUCACCAACCGCUGCCCUUCCUCUACGCCGCUGACCAUGCGCCGAUGGUUGAUCCGGGAGGUCUCGUCUUCCACGGGAACGCACUGAUCGACGGCGGCGUCGGCGUGGCUUACCUGGAGCCGAAAUCGGAACCGGAGCAUUACCUGGAGCCGAAACCGGAGCCGGAGCAUUACCUGGAGCCGAAACCGGAGCAGCAGACGCCGCCCCGGUUCUUUGGGCUGGAGGAGGAAGUCGACGAUUACGGCCUCGUCGCGCCGGUGCGGCGGGGCACGGCCGACGUGCUGUUCGGUGACCUGCCCCCGGAGAUGAUCGACUUCUUCGAGCUCCCGCCGCCUCCUUCGCCGUCCAUUCGGCUGUAGAGUGUUAUUGACCCACGCCGGACGCAUGAGGCGCAUCAUGAGUCAUGACUUGGCCAUUAUCGAUGCUCUGUUCGGGGUGCACUCUAGCUCUGUUCGGAGUAUGUUGUUUGAUUGUAUCCAAGGAAUAUGUGUUACUGUAGUUUUAGGGACAGGUCUUUCUGACAAUCCGACUGGUUCGAAAAUUAGACUUGAUGUGCAUCAUUAUCUUCUGGACUAUGCUGUUGUGGCAUUUCCUCUUUUUUUAGGGGUG